AUGGGUGUCCCGAAAUUCUUCCGAUGGCUGAGCGAGCGAUAUCCAUCAAUCUCGAUGCUGAUCGCAGAGAGCCGGAUACCCGAGUUCGACAGUCUAUAUCUUGACAUGAACGGCAUCAUUCACAAUUGUACGCAUAGUGACAGCGAUUCUCCGACGUUUCGUAUGACAGAGGAUCAAAUGUUCAUCGCAAUCUUCAAUUAUAUCGAACAUCUGUUUGGCAAGAUCAAACCCAAGAAGCUGUUCUACAUGGCGGUUGAUGGUGUAGCACCUCGCGCCAAGAUGAAUCAACAACGUGCCCGUCGGUUCCGAACUGCCUUGGAUGCAGAGACUGCAAAGGAGAAGGCGAUUCAGCAGGGUUUGGAGAUGCCAAAGGAAGAUGCCUUUGACAGCAACUGUAUCACACCGGGUACCGAGUUCAUGCAGAAAUUGACGAAACAACUCAAAUAUUUCAUCAACAAGAAGAUCUCCGAGGACACAGACUGGCAAGGCGUGGAAAUCGUUUUGUCUGGCCACGAGGUUCCCGGAGAAGGCGAGCACAAGAUUAUGGAAUACAUUCGCUGCUCGAAAGCGCAGCCUGACUAUGAAUCAAACGUUCGCCAUUGUCUUUAUGGAUUGGAUGCUGACCUAAUUAUGCUGGGUCUUCUCAGCCACGACCCUCACUUCUGCCUUCUCAGAGAGGAAGUGACCUUUGGUCGCCAAGUUUCGAAGAAACCCAAAGAACUCGAACAUCAAAACUUUUAUUUGUUGCAUCUGAGCGUGGUCCGGGAGUAUUUGGAAUUAGAGUUCCAAGAGCUUAAACAGGAAGGCGUUCUGGAUUUCCCAUUCGAUAUGGAGCGUGUCAUUGACGACUUCAUUCUCAUGGCAUUCUUCGUCGGAAACGAUUUCUUGCCAAAUUUGCCCAAUUUACAUAUCAAUGAGGGCGCUCUUGCCCUUAUGUUCAAACUCUACAAGGAGGUGCUGCCGAAGAUGGGCGGCUAUAUCAACGAGCAGGGCGUUAUUAAUGUGCAACGGUUGGGCAUGCUCGUGACGGCACUAAGUUCGGUGGAAUACCGAUUCUUUGAGGCUGAAAAUUCUGAUGCCCAAUGGCUGAAAUCGAAGAAGAACGCGGACACUGAUUCAGUGUCGCAGCAGAAGCCGAAGGAGCUUACCCUCACUGCGUCUCAGAAAGAGCUCCUGAAGACGAUCAAGAAGUACGUUCUGAACCGGUCUGACAAGGCCGCGGAGCCUCUUGACCUUCCUCCUACUUUACCAGCUCGUGACCGUACUUUUGUCGAACAUCUCGCGGAUGACCUCCGGCUGUCCUGGUCUUCGAUUGAUAAUGAGAAUGGUGAUCGCUUCAUGAGGCUUUCGUUGCCUCCGACCCAGGGUGACAGCGAAGACGACGAGGAGGAUGAGGAAGCGUCGGUUGCUGUUCAGCGUAUAAUCCGAAAGUAUGAGAAGGCCAAAGUCCAGGAGAUGACGGCCGAGGAAGCUGAGAAAGCUGCUCGCGAGAAGUAUGACGCCAAGUUCCUGGCGUGGAAAGAUAAAUAUUACCGAACCAAGUUUGGCUGGGGCCUCGAAAACAAGGAGGAGAUGCGGAAACUGGCACGAAAUUACGUGCAAGGGCUUCAAUGGGUGUUGUUCUAUUACUACCGUGGCAUUGCAUCAUGGCCCUGGUUCUUUGAGUACCACUAUGCCCCUAUGAUCUCAGAUGUGAAUGAUGGUCUCGACGCAGACAUGAAUUUCAAGUUGGGUCAGCCUUUCCGGCCGUUCGACCAGCUUAUGGGUGUCCUUCCAGAUCGCAGCAAGAAGAUCGUGCCUACUGCUUACUGGGACUUGAUGACCUCGCCCGAAUCCCCAAUCUACGAUUUCUACCCUCGUGAUUUCGAUCUUGACAUGAACGGAAAGAAGAUGGAAUGGGAGGCUGUUGUGAAGAUCCCAUUCAUUGACGAAAAGAGACUGUUGGCUGCGCUGAAAACGAAAGAGAACCAACUCACUGCAGAUGAAAAAGAAAGAAACACCUUUGGGGCCUGCCUCAAAUUCACCUAUUCUUCAGAUGUAAAUUUCGUCUACCCAUCUUCAAUGCCUGGUGUGUUCCCCGACCUCCCGAAUUGCCAUUGCAUUGAGAAUCUCUUUGAUCUCCCCGUCAUGGAUGGAUUGGUUCCUUAUGCUGGCCUGAUGGACGGCGUCCACUUGGGCGAAGCAGCGCUCGCUGGCUUCCCUAGCAUCAAGACGCUCCCCCACCAUGGGCAAUUGGGCUUCCAUGGAGUCUGUGUUUUCCAGCAAGACAGCCGCAACGAGAGCCAGGUUAUCACACUCCUUGACCCGGGCAGCCGGUCAAGCAUUGAGCUGGCUAAGUCAAAGCUUGGGAAGCGUGUUCACGUUGGCUACCCAUUCUUGCAAGAGGCUCUUGUGGUUCGCGUCUCGGACGAGCUAUUUGAUUAUAUCCUGCCCCCAGGAGAGCAACACCCCGUGUCUAUUCCCCACACUCCUCAACAAAUCGAGCAAUGGAAGAGAAAGGCGAACAAGAUUGAGAGCGCCUAUAGCAAACGCUUGGCAAUUAUCAUUGGAGACGUCGAAUCCAUGGUUCAUAUUCAACUCCUGAAGGGAAUGGCCAAGACAGAUGAUGGCGCCACUAUCAAAGAGUUUGCCGAGAUUCCCGGUCAAGAGACGGACUAUGCUCUCCAGGUGGUGGUUGAUGAUGUGAUCAACCCAGACGAGCGUUUCAUUGAACGGGCAGCACUCCCCAUUGAAGAGGAAUUCCCCGAGGGUUCCCGUGCCUUCUUCCUGGGUGACUUCAAUUAUGGAAGACCCGUGUAUGUUAGCGGACACGAAGGCGGAAAGGUGAAUGGAUUGAUCGCGGCUCUGAAAGGCCGAGAGCCAGAUUUCGGUCGAGAGCGCGUCAGGGCUGCAGAGCAGCUUUGUCCUUACAUGCCUUCGUACGCUGUUGCACGCAGUCUUCGCCUCAACCCUCUGGUACUCGCUAAGAUCACCUCCUCUUUCACUGUCGAUAUUGAAAAUCAGCGCGCAAACCUCGGUCUCAACUUGAAAUUCCAGGCAAGACAACAGAAAGUGCUUGGGUACUCCCGUCGAGGAGAAUCUGGCUGGGAAUUUAGCCAGAAGGCAGUGGAACUGAUUCAACAAUACAUGAUCAACUUCCCCGAGUUCAUUGCUGGCAUCCAGCGCAACCCUCAGAACGACCGUUAUUCUCCGACCGACUUUUACCCUGAGGAGAUUGCUUCCCUCAAAAUGAAGGAGAUCAAGGAUUGGCUCAGUUCUGUACAAGCUAAGAACUUCGAGCGAGUCCCUCUGGACGCUGAGCAACUUGACUCGGAAAUCGUGAUGUUGAUUGAGCAGGACGCUGAUCGUCUCAAUCUCGCCCAGCCGGAGAUGCACCCGAAGAAGGUUCAGCGCGUGCCACGUAGCGCCCUCCUUCGGCCUGCCGAUGUCGAGCACCGUCUCGGAAACCAAACCUUCAAGCUUGGCGACCGCGUUGUGUAUGCUCAGGAUUCUGGGAAAGUGCCAAUUGCUACCCGUGGCACUGUUGUCGGCCUCACUAGAACCCCGAGAACCCUUCUGCUCGAUGUUGUCUUUGAUUUCCCGUGCUGCCGCUACCCAGCAAACCCAGCAGGCGCAGACUCCCUGACCGUUGCCGGAUACGGUGCCCCCAUGGGUCCCCACGGAGAGGGACAACUGAGGAACGCACCUGUUCCUCCGCCCCUUAGAGGCUCCUUCAGGGGAGUCGUCGCCGGACAACUUGAUGGAGCCGGACGUGGAGGCCGUGGGGCAUUCAACAACGGGCAACCAACGACUCUCCCUUUCCGUCCCCACAAUAACGGCAGCGGCGCUCCCCGUGGUCCCCGUGGUGGUCGUGGAGGUCGUGGGGGCGGCCGAGGCGGAUAUAUCCCGAUGGAAAACGGUGACCCCAAUGAAGGUGUUGUCCAAAACAACCCUGAUUUCCGUCCGCAGAACUACAGUCGGGUUCCACCGCCGCAAGGGAUCGAUCGAGGCCGUGGCCGUGGCCGCGGUCGUGGCAGGGGCGGUCGUGGGCGGGGUUCGCCGCAGGUCAAUGCCUAG